AUGGAUUUUCACCAUAUGAUAUGGAAAAUAAGAAAAUCUACCGACAUAAUCAGAAGAAAAAGCAAAGAACUCAAAAACAUUUUUGAACUACUAGCCUCUACGGGCGCAGAAAGCGCAUGCGCAGGACAUGAAUCCAAAAUGGCGGACGGAGCAGACGAGGUAAGUUUAUUAUAUGUCGAUAAAACUCCUGGAAGAAGUCACUCGCUUCAUGGUUCAUAAAUGGUUCUAAAAUAAAAUUAAAUAAUAUAUAUAUUUUUUUCAAAAAAUAUUAGGAGGAAGAGGUGUUUGAAAUAACAGAUUUUACGACUUCUUCCGAAUGGGAAAGGUAGGCUUUUUGACUGAUUAUGAGAUUGAAUUAGCCUAAUAUUUUGUAAAUAUAUAUUUUAAUUUUUAAAUGAAAAUUUAGCGGUUGAAUAGAAAAAUGAUGAUCGCGUCUCUUUCAUUACUUAUCAGAUCCGUUCAGUUGCAGUCUACACAUGAUAAGCUAGCCUAAUUAUUAGCCAGGAUCAAAGUUAUUAAUUUAUCUAUUUGUUGAUUUAUUUUAUCUUAAAAUUAUAAUAGCCAAGAUUGAUAUAAAUUUUUCAUAAUUCUCAAAUUAUUAUAUUAAAUAUUUAUGAACAACUAUUUAUUAAUUAUUUUUGAAUCAAAGUGAAAGCAAAGAUAUUGAUUGGUGGAAAUGGAUUCAUGUUUUGUUUUGAUAAUCACCCAUAUGUAGAAGCAAACAAUUGAAAACCAAUGAGGGAAGGGUGAAGUGUCUAUGCUCAUGUAUGCAGCUAGUAAAGCCCAUAUGUUGGUCAACAAGGGGUGUUAGAAAAACUAAGUCUUUGGAGACUUACAUCUCAGUCCUCCUAAAAUCUCGGGCCCUUAUGUGUGUUGAAAACUCAUGUAACAAUGUCACGAUAGCCUCUACAGGCUUGUGCAGCACAGUGAGACCUGAUGUAUCCGGAAUGUUUGCACACGUGUUAUGUUAUGUAUUUUUGCAAUGGUCAAUGUACAGUUACCUUAAAGUUGUUUUGAAUAUGAAAGAGAUCUUUGUAGUAAUGAACACUACUUGAGCAGUAGUGAAAAUAAGGCCUGAAAAAUAUUCAGGCCUGCAAAGAUCUCUUUCGUAUUCACGCCUUUAUCCGCAGGUCACAUAUAUGACUUUCAUAUAUUCACAGUUAUUUAUUCACCACUUCACGGCUUUAUUUGGAACCAACAUGAUGACCAGCUCCCAGUUGGCUUGUUAGCUCAGUUAGUAGAGCACUGCACCAGUAUUGCAGAGGUCAUGGGUUUAAAUCCCAUACAGGCCUGAAUUUUUUUUCAGGCCUUAAUUUUCACAACUGCUCAAGUAGUGUUCAUUACUGUGAAGAUCUCUUUCAUAUUCAUGCCUUUAUCUGCAGUUCAAAUAUAUGACUUUCAUAUAUUCACAGUUGUUAAAAUUGUUUUGUUAUCUGACUACAUUGCAACUCAGUCCCCCAAAAACUCAGGGAUCAGUGUCAUCAUCUGAGUAACUGUGCACCUACCCCUCCCCUAACCCAACCUUAACCCUAAUGUGUUAUCAAUUGGCUGUUGUUGGGUUAAGGGAGGGGUAGGUGUGCAGGUAUCUGGGGCCUGGGUUUUUUUGAGAGUCUAAGGUGAGUUUUUUCUAGGUCUGAGUUUUCACAAGAUGUGGUCAGUUAUAUGAAGAUUAUAAAAUUAAAGGCCUGUUGGCCCAUACUUCCUGUAGCAUAUCCCAGGUUCUUCAUUCUUUAGGAACUUAUGUGUGUCCCUGGUUUUGGAUAGGAUUCAAGUCUUAUGCAUCAACCCCUUGAAAUAUGGCUGCCUAGAAAGUUGGCUACUUCCAGAAAUUGAAGGGAGGCUUGUGGAAAGAACACAACACAAUUAUCCAAGCAGACAUUAUGAUCAUCCAGUAGUAACAUGACCACCCCACUUACCUCAGGGUUACCAUUUCCUCUAUAAAAAUUUUAAUCAAUGGUUUAGGGGAGACAUGUGGGAGACAUGUGGGAGACAUGUGAGAGACAUGUGGGAGACAUGUGGGAGACAUGUGGGAGACAUGUGGGAGACAUGUGGGAGCCAAAUUAUAAUCACAUUAGACUCAAGGUCAUGAGGUGUAGGUUUAAGACUCGACCAAGUCAUUGUGUUGUGUUCUUGAGUAAGACUCUCAUUCUACUCUCACUUUCCUCACAGAGUACCACUCUCCACCUAAGAGUAUAAAUGGGUGGAGGUGGACUGUUAGGGAAGCCAGGGGAGGGGUGAGAGGGGAUAAUUAGUCUAUUGUAGAUAAUAACAUGCUUUUGAGUGCAAUUUGGUGUCAAUAAGCACAAGUAAAUUUUUAAAAGAGUGGGCGAGUACAAUUUGUAGCCUCAGAAAAUUUACAAGUGCUUAUUACACCAAGUUUCAAGAGAAAUUAUGUAAUUCCUUGUUAAUGAUAAACAUGGAAAAAAACAUCACAGAAAAGGAAGAAGAAAAACAAAAUUUUGAAAGCAUUUGAAUGCCAUUUUUAAUUUGCACUUGUGUUACAACUUUGCACUCAUAUUACAACCUUGCACUUGUGUUACAUGAGAAUGCACUCAAUUUCAACCAAUCAGGGCACUUAAUUUUUUCAUGUAAAUAAUUGUUGCUAAAAUACUCCCUUCAGUGGCACAAAGAUUUAACUUUUCUUGCAUGUGAUGAAACUUGAAAUUUAAGUUUAUGUGCUUUUUUUUUAAUAUAAUUUGCCAGAAAAAAGUGUAAUAUGCAAGUUAAAAUGAUUGUAUUAUUCAUUUAGCUUAGAUAAUACUUCCUAUGGAUGUGAAUCUUUUUUACUGAUUACAGGUUUGCUGCAAGACUAGAACAGCUUCUUAUUGAAUGGAAAUUGGAUGACACAAACAAGAGAACAUCUUCUUCAAAGGUAUUCUUAGAUUGGUUACUUGUUAAAACACUUUGGUAAAAAGUUGUUGAGCUCUUCCAUCAGAAAUUAUUUCUCUGGAAUUUUAAUCAAUGAAAAUUUAUUCAAUUACUUUCCAUGAAAUGCAAAAUAGGGUUCAUUGUAAUGUCUUCGAGUGAGUUUAUCAAUCAUUCAUGUGUAGGUUUUAAUUUUUUUUUUUUUUCUUCAACAGGGAAAAGGAAUAUCUGGGAAUUUUGAAAAGAGUAAACUGAAUCCUAUUCCAAGUAAAAAGGAUAAUUCAGAGGUAAGUUGUAAACAUUCAUUUGACAAAUUUUGAUUAACCCUUUUAUUCCCAGAAGUGAUCAACGUGAAACUUCUCCUUGUAAUUUCCUUACAUUAUCCAGCAAACAGGUAAUGAGAAUAUUCAAACUUAUCAGGUAGAAGUUGUUGUCUUGAUCUAACACCAAAUUCUCAUAACUAAUUUACAAGAAAAUGUGUGACAGGGAGAGGGGAGAGUUAACAAUCAAAUCUUGGGAGUUAAAGGGUUAAUGGUUUGAACCCAGGAGUAACAGUUGAUCGUAUAUUCUUAUUGUCUGUUGAGAGUAGUCCUGAAAAAAAAAAGGAAUGUUGUUGAUGAUAGAGACCGAUCAAAAGUUUUUGAAAAUGUAAGAGAUAAGUUACCCAUCAUCUGAAUCACACAAGAACCCUUGAUUAAUUCUACUGAGUGCUAAUGGACUCAAAAACUAUCCUGGCAAGUAAAUCCUCACUUGACUCUGAUGAUGACUUUUGCUCUGGUUGUUGAAACAUCAGUGAGUGCCUUUUACUGACAACAGUCUUUUCCAGGACUACUCUCUAAUGGAUGAUGAGACUAAGGUUGUAGCUCACGAGAAAUUUAACUUAUCAGUAAUUCUUCUUUGUUUUAUUUUUCUGUUAAUUCCAGCAACAAGAGGGAUCUUGGGGUGUGGUGUCAGAUAAAAUAGCCUUUGGAAAUUUCAAUUUUAAUGUGGCAUACCAUCGCUUGAGGACUAGGAGGCCAAGAAGGAAUGGAACAAAGCAAACGGAUGGUGAGGGUCAAUGACCCAGAGUGGUCCCCUUUGCACCGGCUUACUAGUAGUUGUUUGUGUGCUGAUAUUCAGAUUGAAAUCUAUGGGGUUGUGUUCCUGGGGUAGGACUUGUGACUUUCAAAGUACUUCUCUCCUCCGAGGAGUAUAAAUUUAUUCCAGCCACAGAUCAAAGGAAACUUACCAAAUCCUGAAGAGUAACCCCAGGAGAGACUGGAAUCUUGUCCGGGCUGGGAGGGGGAGGGGAUAACAUUAGUCCUAAUCACUUGUUAAGAACUGAAUCCAGGACAAGCCUUAGUGGAGGGGGGGUCAGGUUAUAAAUGUGACUUUGCCUUAAACACUUCCCUUUUAAGAAGACUUAAAGGCUACAGUUUUUUUAUUCUUUUCUACAGCGUUAUCCAGAAACACCAUCUAGUAGCUGCCUUUUUUUUCUGGCUUCUAGUUUCUGAAGCACUGGCUACUGUUAUCACACAAGGCACUAAUAUACCUGAUUUGAUCUGAAAUAAAUUUUAAUGUUUGUUGACCAUUGUUUUUUUUUUUUUUACUGCUGGCUAUUAAGAACUCUAACCAUAGAACCACAAGAACCAUUAGCACAAAGGUGCCUGAAGCAACAUUCUGUUCAUGUUUCAGAUUUUGAAGAUGGUUUACCAGAUGCUAUGAUGGAAAUGUUUGAUAUGGAAUUUGAUUUUCCACCAAGAACUCACUGUCUUAGCAGGUGGUAAGUGAAAGAUCAAGAAUAAAUAUGCCAUGACUUUAAAAGCUAUUUUUUCAUUAUAAAGAAGGGGUAAGUUUCUUAAGAAACUGUGGUGUUGUGUCAGUGGAGGGGUAAUAACAAGAUGAUUUGGUUUUAUUAGCUGUUUUGAUAAUGUAAAUUGGCCAUCGUAAAGAGUUUCUACGCUGACGUCUCGAGCGUUAGCUCUUUGUCAAAGCCCCUUAUCAUUACCUUUUAAUUUGUCUGGUUGUUAAUUUUUACAAAUAGUAGACUAAUUUAUUUUAAUGUUGGGAUUGAAAAAGUGAUCAUCCUUUCACGAGUUUAGUUCCUUUGUGUUCUUUUACUGAAAGGGAAGCUAACCCUUUGACCCCUGAGAGUGAUUAGCAUCUAAUUUCUCCUUAUAAUAUCACCCUGAAUCAAACAUUAAGGUCACAAGAAUAAUGGAAAUGAUCACCACCUGAAGAAGCUCUUGAUUGUCAAACAAAUUCUCCUUGUCAACAUCUUAGGAAAUGUAUAGAGAACACUGUAGAGAAUAUACAUACUGAUGAAGAGGUGUAAAGGGUUAAGAGAGAAAAACAACUCAGAAAUCUCAGUAUCUCCGUUGUUAAAAAGUUAAAAUAAAACUUAACGUCUCACUGUGUUCUCAAAUUUUGAACGUCCAACUCACAGUGUGAAAAUCAUCUUCAAAUGUAUUAUAAAACUUGCUGUGUUGAAAGUAAAUUCCCCACAUAGUGGCACAUCCAAAUUCAUAACAUGCAGUUUACAAACAGUUGCUUCUAUGGUUGGUUCCAAAAUCAUGAACUGAUUUAAAAAUGCAUUGUUGUGUAGCUUGUUAUUUUUCAAACAGAUCAUUAAGAUCACAUUCAAACUGCCAGUCACUUGAGUGGAAUUUUUUAUGAAUUUGCAAAAAACUUUUUCAAUUGGAUAGGUCACUCUUUGGAGUCUUAAAAUGUGGCCAGUGUCUUCAUUUCAUGAAAUGAUUAUGCAGUUAAAGGCAGUGGUGAAAAGUAAAUGGUGUUAGGAGCAUACUUGUGUUUUAAGUUUUCAAUUCUGUUCUGGUUAGGUAUGGCUUGAAGGAAUUUAUUGUCAUCAGCCCAGCUGAGGAGGCUGAAGUUGUGGACAGUGAAUCCAAGUGUCAUCUUCUUCUUAGUUCCAUUGGGAUUGCUGCUACAAACUCUAAAUGGUACAAAAAUUCUAUUUUGUAAUAUUUUUCUUAUCUUACCAUGGAAAGAACUGCAUCCUUUAAGCUAGGAACUGCCAUGAUUUUGUGGGUUUAGUCAGCUCUUAUUUGCUGAAUUCAUCAUAGUAUCAAAGAUCCCUCCUACCCAAACUCAAAACUUUUCUCCUGAACCAGUCAAAAUUGCCCUCUUAUGUCCAAAUAUUUUGUAGACAAGAAAUAUUUUUUUCUAAGUUUCUUAACCUUGUUUUCCCACAUCCUCAAUUUUUUCUCUUUGUCUUUCUCUCCUUCAAUCCUCCAUCUGUUCAGUGAUCCAUGUGUUUGUCUAUCUGUCUGUCUGUCUGUCUGACAUCAGCCUGUCCCAUGCAUCUUUCCUUCCCUCACUUUUCUUUUCCCCUCCUCCGUCUUUGUCCUUUCCCUCUAUCCUUCCAAUUUCUCUAUCUGUCAGCAAGUAUAUUCCUGUGAUUUCUGGUUGUUCAUGCAUUUGUUCAUCCGUCAUUCUUCCUUCCUUCCAUUCAUUGUUCUUUCUCUCCCUUGCAGUACAAUUCCCAUGUUUGCUCAUGUUCGUCAACGAUGGAGAAAAAUUUACUAUGGUCUCUGCAUUGGAGGUGGAUUUCGCACAAUGUAUGAGAUAGCACACUUGCGUCAUGUUCCAACACAGUACAGACAUCUUGCUGGACUCCUUGAAAUAUUUAAAGACAAAUUGGUAGGAUAGUUUAAACUUCUUUAAUACUUUUCAUUUACUAGCUAGUUGAUAUCCAAAGCCCAAGUGGGGUUAGUUCUGCACAUCAGGGUUGUUUCACUUUGAUCAAGCACUGAUUUAGGAGUCAGGUAAAGAGAAAAAAACAGUCACGGAAAGAGGUUUGGUGUAGAUUUGUGUGUAGGAGAGCCUUUAGGGGAACUUGGGAGAAGCUGAAGGUGACAGGAAUGGGUUUGGGGAUGUCUCUAUGGCUUGGAAGCCAUCCAAGGAAAGAAGAUGUAGUUAGUUCUACUCACUCAGUCAUUGCAGUGGACAGUUGUUUGUCACCAAUUUUAUUGCCCAGGUAAACUGUAUGAAACGACUCCACUGAGGUUUCCUUUCCGCAUGGAAGGCUUUUAUCUUGAUUCAGAUCAUAUCAUAAUGAUACGAUUAUUGCAUUAUUUUGUUGCUCAACCAGGCAUGCCCUCUACAGCCAAUACCACCUGUCACUUUAACUGUUCGCUUUACGUACGUUCUGGAUGAAUGGACAGAUUAUUCUUGGCCUCAGGAGCCACCAGAUCUUUCAUCGUGUCUGGAAUGUAAAGUGGGAGUCAAUGAUUUGGGAAUUUUACCAUUUGGUGCCUGUCAGGAUCCGGUCAGGUGAUGAAAAUUUAAUGUAAUAGCCAUUUAGUAUGGGGGGUACGUUUCUGAAGAAACUGUGGUGUUGCGUCGAUGUGAGAGUAUAUCAGGGUAAUUAAGUAUCGUCAACUUAGGUGAUAACGUAAACUGGCCACCAUAAAGAGUUUCAAAGCUAGCACUUCGAGCGUUAGCCCUUCGUUAGUCCUUCGUCAGCCCUUCGUCAUUCGCUAUGACAAAGGGCUAACGCUCGAAGUCUCAGCUUUUAAACUCUUUACGGAGGCCAAUUUACGUUAUCAACCCAGUAGAUAAUGAAGAAAUGUAAAAUGGUUUCCGUGUUUACAUCAGGCUAUGUAAACACGGAAACCAUUUUACAUUUCUUUUAUAAAAUAACUAAUGAAAGAGGAACGAAAACCGUGUUUACAUACGCUUAUGUAAAAUGGUUUUAUGGCCAAUCAGAGCGCGCGCACUAUUUGAAUUAUUUUAUAAUACUAAUUACCCAGUCGUUGAGAACCUUCUGUAAUUUAUGCUGUGCAUGUUAAAGAUAAAAAGAGUGCAAAGCUGCAGUGAGGGCCUCUGUCUUAUUCUUGUGGGGUGCUUUACCUGUCUGUGUGGCCCUCAGAGCUGCGGUCUUUCAAGGGUCACAAACCCAUUCUGAAAAGAUCGAAGGGUGGUGACCAGACAGAGACUGAUUUCCUGACCCUCCAGAUUGGAUUUAGAGCCCCCCUUAAAAUUUUGUGGCUAUUACAGAAAUCUACCAGCGUAUGUGCUUAUUGGUGACAUGAGAAGUGAUUGUAAGGACAAGAGGUAAAAAAGAAAGGCAUUCUGUUGGAAUUAAGCUUAUGAAUGACUUUUUUUAAAUUUUUUUUCAUCAGGGAGCUUCAUCUUUCCACAACAUGGCCCUGUCUCUCUGAAGAGGUCAUUGUUGAUAAUUCUGUUUACUCGUAAGUUUUCUGUCUGUUUACUCAUAAGUUUUCUGUUUUCUCGAGAUAUUUUGUCUAAAUACAAUUCUGUUGUUACCUGCUCAAUUGCAAACUACAACUGCUCUAUAUUUACUGGCAGCCUUAUGCACAAGAUUCGUGUAUUUAAACAGGAAGUAAGGGUGAGAUCUUGACCUGACCUGGAUGUAUGAAAUAUUACUUUGCAGUGAUCUGGAGCCAUGUCACGCCCCACAGUGGUGUGUCAGAGCAAGAAUGAAUGACAACCCCCAGUGUUUGUUAGGUUUGUACCACUUUACGUGAAGAGUCUGUGUAAGGCGUCGAUCAAUUUAAAGCUUCAAUAUCCCAACCCCCUGCCAGGCUGGGCAUUUGAAUAUGAGAACUUUGGUUUGUUCAAAUUCCUGCUCUCUACCCUCCCCCCCCCACCAACUUUUUUGGUAGAGUUAAAAGAUUCUUCUGACAAACAACCUUCACAGGUGCUGACGAAUUAACUGUCAUUUUUGCAACAUCAUAAAUAAAAGUUUUCCUCAACGUGAACCUACAAAAACUAUCUCCAAAAAGAAAGAUAUAAAAGAUUGUCCUCAUCCACUUAUAUGUUAGAUCAUGCCACGCGCUCAAUUUUACUCUUUGGUUGAAGCCAGCAACUUUUAAUUAAUCAGUCAAUCACUUUAAGGUAGCUCAGACAUCUAUGACACGAGAACACCAUUCAGUACAGUCCUGCUUGAGGCUUGAAAAGUCGUCUGGGAUGCAUCCAAUGGCUGCACAAAGUUGUUUGAUUUAAAUGUCUGUAAAGUGACCCACCAUGAUGCAGCCAUACCUAUUUCAAUGCGCUAAGUAUUGAUAGUUACUUUGGAUCACAGAACUCAAUGAUUUCUCCCGAAAUAAUGGGUUUAACUAAGGGUUUACUUAUUUUUAGGUGAAUAUCUUGGAGGUUACUUGACGCUUUGUCAUCGACAAGAGUCUACAAUGCAGCUGCUGAACAAAACUGUCGUGGACUCUGACAGUGAGUAAUAUUAUAUAACUGAAGGUGCCCGUGGGAAACAUAAAGCGAAUCCUGUGUUCUGAUUGUCCACCCGAGCGGGCAAGAUGAGCCCAUCAUGCCCGCUUGGCUUUAUGAUGAAUCCUUUAUUGACCAAGUUCGUUCGGUCAAAAUGGGUGGAUAUUGGAGUAAUUUAGUAUUAUUCAACUGAGUUGAUAACGUAAAUUGGCCACCGUAAAGAGUUUAAAAGCUGACGUUUCGAGCGUUAGCCCUUCGUGAGAGCGAUUGGAUGAAUUGUGGUUUGGGUGUGGGUUUAGAUGCAGAAAAAAGUGGAUGCAAGCCUUGGUUUUUUUUCUGGACUUUGACUUUGUCUUGGUCCAUAACAACGCAAAAAAGAACUCGGCCAAUAUCCAACCUCAUGCUCGGGAACAUAUAUUUAGCUCCCAGUGUUGUUGGCUUGUAACUUUUUGUUUUAUCGUCUACACAUAUUAACAUUUUAAAUUCUUAAAAGUAACCCAGGAUUGAAAAUCCAUUUGAAUCUUCUGCAUCAUUAUCCAUUCGUGUUUCUUCUUACUUCGCACUCGCCUUAUUGGUGUUUUUCUAUCCCGUUAUACUGAUAUUUUUUAGUGUCCUUCACCAAAAGAUAAUUCUGCACGUUGCAAAUAACGCUUCGAAAUAUCUUGACGUUCUACUCUCUCAUGAAGAAACUCCUACAUCCAUUAUCAACCCCGUUCCCAGUUUCCCCUCUCUGCGCCUCCUAGAGACGAGGCUGCUCCUCUGCAACUUUUUUCAUUAGCAUCAUUUUGCUUGAAGGUGACGUAGCAGACAUCACGCAUGCGCUACAGAGACUCACAGAGGCGCCACACGUAGCUUCAUUAUCAACAGCUGUAUCCAGAGCGACGUCGCGAAUAUCCGCCAUGAGUGAACGAAGCUCUGAAGAAUUUCCAAUCCCUGGUCCAUUACUGCACGAAAUACUCAAGGUAUAUAUUGAUAUAUUGAGCUUAUUUCAAGAAAAUGUUAUAGUAGCAGGGUUUGUAUUGAUGAUGAAAAUUUGGGAAGUCGCGGACUCCGAGUAAUUAGUCAUAAAACAAAGUUGGUUUAGGGAGGGGGGAUACGGACCUCAUUCCCCCACCAUCAGACCCGUGGGUAAAAAAAAAAAAACCAAAAUUCCUCCUAAGACAAGACAAAAUUUGCUUAUCUAGAAUAUUUCUUAGCUUUUUUAGGUGCAGUGCAAUGCAAAUUAAAAAUUUUGUGUUUUCUGAAUCAACGUCUGCCCCCCACCAAAAGAAAAAAAACAUUCCUGGAUCCACUCCUGUAGGCGACACGUCGGGUUCGAGACCAGAACCUAGUACUUUGCAGCGAGAGGUCCAUGCUCACAGGCUUAUUGCCUUGGGUAAGGUAUAUCACCCCCCACUGUGCCUUUUCUCUCCUCUUAGGAGUGUUCAUGAGUACAAGCAAACUGUCAAUCCCUUCGCUUUCUUGAUCUCUUUAGUAAUUCUCCUUACUGUCUGCCAUGCAAUUAUUUUGAUGUUGUUCUGUUUUUUUGGUAUUGGAUCAAUUAAUAAAACCCUAAUAGAGAUAUUUUUCUUUCUUCUCGUCACUUGUCUGCUUGAUAUUGUAUUGAUAUAGUAAGGAGAAAUUAUCUCCUGGUGAAGGUAACCUAAGAUGGACCAGCAUCCCAUCAGGGGGGUAGCAACACUUCUAUUCACUUCAUGCUACAAGUAUCAGGUUAAAACCCCAUAGUAAAGGCUCACAAGGUUUAAAAACUCUAAAAGUCUUGGAAAAUGAUGUGGCGGGAUUGUUUUCAUUUUGCCAUCUGGCUUCUUCACCUCCUCGUUUGUUCAUCUGUUAACAAAUUCUUGGGUUGAAAGUCCAAUGAGUAUCCUGAAAUAAGUUGUGGUGUGCCAUAUGUUUUUUUUUUCAACAGCACCUAUUUCCUGAUUCAGACCGAGAUUUAGACGAGUUAGAGACUGAACAACAGGAGCUGAUGUUUAACAAAAUGGAAGGUGGCGAGGAUGCUAAACAGUCACAGGGUCCCCAGGUACUUGAACUGAUUAUCAUCCACUGUCUGAUUACUGUAAAAGUAAACAAAAAUAAGACACAAUUAAUGAGAGAUGAUAUUCAUUCUCUUACAAAUGAGGUGUAACGAAAAAACUCCUCAUUUUUUUUUUCGUUUUCCUUUGCUCAUGACAAAAUUAAUAGCAUAUUACCCAGUUCAAAGACAGAACUAAUAUGUUAUCUCAUGUUUUCUCAGCUUUUUACACUCACGACGCUCUCAAUAUUGCUUACCCAACUGUAAAUGCAAUACGUUUGUUACAUGAGAACCACGUAUAUGGCAACCAGUUUCGAAAAUGUUAAGACACCCUGACAUUAGCUGGCAACAUUUUGUUUGAAUGAAUUAUGUUGCAUAUGGUGAACAGCUUUCUCUUCAUAAUAACACAAUGUAUGUUUCAAUAAUUCUUUUUGCUACUGGUUGUAGCUUUAUGACGAGUUCUCUGUAGCUCAUUUAGUCGAGAGCUGGACCACAAAAUCCAAAGGUACGAUGUUGCGCUUCCUCGAAGGGGAGUGACAUUUUCUUCUAACAGGAUUGCGACAAAUUAUAACAGCUCUCGUUUGAUAUCCUUUUUCUUUUCAUUUUAAGGACAAGUUUCGUGGUUUAAAAACUGCACCUGAAGAUAGUCUUACUUUUUUCCUUGCCGUGUGCGUCUGUAUUGUGUAUCACAGUUAUGGAGGUGAGAAUAUUUGCGCGGAACAUGUUCACAGAUUGUUCUUUGAAAUGGCGACUACUCUUAGUCUACCGAGCCCUUUUCUGUUGAUUGUCGAAAUCCAAAACCAAAGUGUUCACGACGUCCAAUCACAACAAAGGAAUAGAUCAGCAGGAGCCAAUGAGAACUUAAAGCAAAAACACGUUAACUGCCUGAAGCGCGGGAAAACGCGGGUGUUCAAGUUGUGAUUCGCUUUGGUUUUCCAUCUGAUUGAUUGAGAAAAUAGCGCGGGUUUUCUGGACCAAUCACAAUACGAAGAAAAAUAGAACUGAAGCAAUACCAGAUUUUUUUGGACACUCAAUUGAACAUCGCUCUAAAUUACCAAGGAAAUCUUUGUCAAAACACCUGUAAAAAGUCUGUGAGCCAUAAGUAGAAGAAAUUCUUACGAUCAAUGGAUUUAGUGUGUAAUAUAUUAAGUUCCCUACCGGUCAAAAUGACUGCAAUCAAUUCAGUAUUAACCGUUUCACUCCCAAGAUCUGAUUGUUACUUCUCCCCUCUAGCUGAAACACAUUUCCUUGUAAAUAAGUUACGAGAAUUUGGCGUUAGAUCAAGAUAACAACUUCUACCUGAUAAGUUUAAUUAUUCUCAUCACUUGUUUGCUGGAUAAUGUAUGGAUAUUGUAGGGAGAACUUACAGGUUAAUCACUUCCGGGAGUUAAAGAGUUAAGCGGCAUCGUAUGUAGGGUCGGUUAUCAAAGUCCCCAAUUUUUUUCCCCUAAGUUACCACAAUUUUUUACCUGUUUAAAGCGGUCACUUGAGGCGCUACCACCCAAAUAACACUAUCAAUAAUCUUUCAAGUAAACUUUAAUCCAUAUUUAUCUCCCAAAAUCAUUAUUACCAGUAUUUUUGGGCGAGUUUUUGUUAAUUAAGUGGUCAAAAAUGGCGUUUUUUUUUGUUUUAUGAUACUCCUAUUCGGUGGAACCUGUAUAAAGCGGUCACCUCGUCAUUCCCCGUGGAUGACCGCUUCAGACAGGUUCAACUGUAAUAACGUUACAUUUCAGCUGUGCCCAAUUUUUCGAAGGCCGAUAAGCGCUAACCCAGGGUUAUUUUAAUCUUUGUCUUUUUUUGUUCUAAAGCCUUUUAGGGAAAAUUUUCCCUAGUCUUUUUAGAACAUCCAGUGACCAAAUUGCAAGCAAAAAUAUUUCAACUGAAUUUAUUUUAAAGCUUUCAGACCUAGAAUCAAAUUCCACACUAACCCUGGGCUAUCUUGACCCUGCUUUAAACAACCCCGGGCCAGCUGUCCCUUUUUCGUUUACAGGCUUCGUGAGGUUUCUUCAGGCACGAGCAAAUACAGGAUGUUUUAUGUAGUUGAGGAAACUUCUCAGGUACUCUAAGGAAGAUAUGGAAAAUGUCAACGGCCUGCAAAUACAAUCAGGUUGUCUUUGCUUUUGUUCUUUUUAAAGGAUUAAGAGCCGUGGCACAUCUGUGGCAAGAGUUUGUGUUGGAAAUGAGAUACAGAUGGGAAAAUGACAUAUUUAUUCCAAGGUAGGACAGUAAUUAGAAACUGUUCUGUGAUGUAAGGGAAGUCAACAUUUCUCCAACAAUCAUGUGCGCGUGUUUUUGACAUGUUUGAAAUGAGAAAACCGCUGUUAAAAAAAGUUAAGUUCGCGGGCAUCAAUGAAUUUCGGGCCCAACUUAGAGUCACUUCAGCCCGAGCCGCUAGGCGGGGGUUAAAAUGACUCUGGGAUAGGCCCAAAACGUAUAUGUGCCCAAGAACAUAAACUGUAGUACUAUAAUUGUCAAUUCGAAGGGCAUCGAGUCAGUAAAACUGGAGAAAAAUGACAACCGGACAGUCUGAACAAUAGUACGAGCGUGCGAGCGGUUUAAAAUACAUUUCAGUCCGCAAAAUGCACCAACUUGCCCGAAAAAGUAAUAAUAAUGCAAGUUAACUCAUAACUGACUGCAAAUCUUUUAUCAUAUUUUCGUCGAAGAAUAGUGUAGUUUGGUUACCAUGUGUUGAUAUUUUGUUCAAGUAUAGUAAAUCUCUGUUUCCUUCAAUACCGCAACACUGUUUAGGUUAAAACUUCAGUCGCCCAAUCUUGGAAACUGCCUGAUACAUCAAAAGCUACAGGUUUGUUUGUUAAGUAAGGUAGCUUAAUUUGUGCCCCUUUUUGAAAUUGUGCUUUUGUAAGUUUUUAACUGGUUUGGUGUUUACUCAGGCUGAUAGGAUUUCGCCGUCUCGACCCAGCUAGAGAAUGGCAAGUUCCUUUCGACACGACUGACGAUGUUGUUUUCAAAAAGAGCAUAGUUUUACACAAUUUUUUGGCGGCAGAGAGAGCAUUUGCAAAGCUUAAGCUUAAUGAUCCUAGAAGCAAUCAAAUCUCAUUUAAAAGGUAGUAAUUGGUUGUAGACUGCCAUCAUGGCGGGAAAACUGUGCACAGAAGUCAAGGACGGGAAAUGCGCGCGUGUUACCUUACUCGCCGCAUUUGAUUGGUUGAGAAAAGUACAUUUACAUUGAUUGGUCUAAUGAAAGCUGUGCGUGUAUCUUUUAACCAAUCACCGCUCUAUUUACAUGGAAAACCGAAAAGAAGACUUUGUAAAUACUUUUAAAAUUAAAUUGGUAGGGAAAAACUUUAUAAUUUUUCAAGGUUACUGGAAAUCAAGUCAUUCUUUAGUUAUUCCUUGAUCCAGUCCACGUUUCCUUUUUUUAUUUUCAGAUGCUUAACUGCUGCAUUGAAAGAAAAAGACUUUCCAAGAUUCGAGCUGCCAGUCUUCAAUUUUGCGCUAACGUUGGGAAAAACUCUGAGACGGAAAUUAAUAAAAGUGAGGAUUCAAAUUCAGACAAUUUACGAAAAAAAGAUUCGGACACUGCAUCAGAAAGAAUAGAAACGCAAUCGAGCGUCUCGGACGAUGAAGAAUUUUUUGAAGCUGUAGAAAGUCAAGAGGAACCUGACGACGAGAACGAAAGCAAUUCUACCGAAAGGAAACAUAUGGAAAGAACAGAUACAGACUUAGAUAAGGAUACAACUACAAAUGACAAUUUAUCUCCUCGUAAAAGAGAAGGAGCUAAGGAACCAUUUGGUGAAUUAAAACUUCUUGCUUCUGGUGAGCCUUUGCUGGUACCGUUUACCCAGGUAGGUAUUGAAGAUUGAGCAUUUUUUCAGUUGAGUGUCGAAAGUAAUCCGAGAGUGGAAUUCCUUUUUUUUACUUUGUUAUGUGGUUGGUCAAAAAAAUUUAGCGCCAUUUUCUGAAUUGAAAACUGAAACCAAUCACGACUUGGUCGCCCGCGUUUUCCCGCACUUCAUAUAGUUUUCUUGAUCUUGCCUCGAGUUCUCAUUGGUUCCUUAGGAUAUUUUCCUUUCUAUGAUUGGCUGUUUUGAUUGCUUUGGAUGUAGUUUUACGACUCUCAAUCGAAAAACGCUCUAUGCAUGUAGUGAUUAAUUUGUACCUCUCCUCACAAUUUGAAUACUUAGCUAGUUUUUAUCUUGAUGCAACACUGAAUUCUUCUAACUAAUUAAUAAUGAAAUGUGUGGCUGUAAGAAGAAAGAAUUACUAAUUACUAAUCUAAUGUCCUAUUCGAGGAUUCCCAAGCUAUAUUAUAUCGUGUAUUAGUAAGUUAUAAGUAUUUGAAGCUGAUAACGACUUAUUAAAUUUAGUUCUCUCACCAUUCGAUAGAGGUGUGCACAAUUAUUUGAGUAAGCCUGCUAAAAAUGUGUCAAAGAAAAAACUCGUGUAAACAUAUUUUGGGAGGAAUUCUGUCAGAAAUGGGCUUGGUUUCCAGAACUGUUUCCUUGUGGAAAUUGAAGCUGCGCCUCGUGUGCCAACCGAUUUGUUUUUUUUAUUAACACAGUUUGAUGCCUUUUGUGACUUAUUCGCUAAGCAGGCGCACAGCAAAAUGGAAUCUAUUUGUUAAUCCUUUAACUCCUAAGAGUGACUAACAUCUAAUUUCUCCUUACAAUAUCAUCCCUGAAUCUAACAUUGAGGUCAUGAGAAUAAGGAAGAUGAUCACCAACUAAAGAAUCUUUUGAUUGUUGAACAAAUUCUCCUUGUCAUACCCUUAGGAAAUGUCUAGGGAGUGGUAUGGAGAAUAUGCAUACUGAUGUUACGGAGUCAAGGGUUAAGUCGGCAGUGUGCGCACUUAAAUUGGCAACUAGUGUCUUGGAAUGUGAACGAAAUGUGAAAAAUAAUUAAUUAUAAAUAAAAUUAUUUUAUUGAAAUGUUAGCAAGUAAACUUUUUGAAUGUAUUGCCUUUGUGUUUAUUUGUUUUGCUUUUUGUUCACUAUAGUUUUUUUCUUUCUGUUCGGGACUAGGAACCUGCACCAAUGACAGAAGACAUGCUGGAGGAACAAGCCGAAAUUCUUACACAAUUAGGGACCUCCGUGGAGGGGGCUCGUGUUAGGGCUCAAAUGCAGUGUGCAUCUCUGCUCUCUGAUAUGGAGGCCUUUAAGGUGCGUAAUUGUGGGUCCCCCACGGUGUGUUAGAGGUAAAGUACAGGUGAGAGGCAUUUCGAUUAACUGUCGUAAAACCGGAACCAAAAUCAACGCAGCAGCCAAUCAGAGGAAAGGGAAAUAUGAUAAGGAGCCAAUGAGAUCUUAAAACAAGCAAGCACGGGAAAAGGCGAGUGACCUGGUAGCGAUGGGUUUUAGUUUUGAGAAAAUGGCGCGAAUUUUCAGGACCAAUUACGAUGCAACUCAUUGGCCGCGCUCUGGUAAUUGCCUUGUAAAUUGGUCUGUCUCUGGUCUCGUUCUUAGCCGUUCUUUAGAACGUCACGUCCUGCCAUUUGGGUUUUUCCAACGAACUUGUAACUUUAAUUGAAAUAUUUGCUCCACUUGUCUUCGUUCCCAUUGGCGCAGAGAGGCCUUUCUAGUGUGGUCGGUUGAGUGAUGUUGCUUAAUUAUACUUUCUGUAUAUCGAAGAAUACACAAAUUUAGGAGGCAAUACGCUUACACUUAAGGAAGUUAAAGGCUGACGUUUCGAACGUUAGCCCUUCGUCAGAGCGAUUGGGAAGCCCUAGUCGCUGUGAUGAAAGGCUAACGAAGGGCUAACGCUCGAAACGUCAGCCUUUAAACUCCUUAUGGUGGCCAAUUUACGUUAUCAACUCAGUUGUUAACAUUAAAUUACUUGCUAUACUCUCACACCGACGCAGCACCACGGUUUCUUUAGAAACUUACCCCCUUCUAGGAAGUUACCUUCGUUCUUGGACAUAAGAAACUAUUUUAAAGUGUUGCUCUGACUGGUCUAAUCAAUUAAUAUGCUGUGCGCUUUAUUUUUAAGUUUUAGUUUAACUUUUUUUUCUAGGCAGCAAACCCCGGGUGUUUAUUGGAGGAUUUUGUGAGAUGGUACUCUCCAUUUGACUGGAUACCAGGCCCCGAGACGGAGGAAGAGAUAGAAGAGUUAAAGAAACAGAAGAUAAAAAGCGAGGGAGUUAAUGAAGAAUCAAGCGCCACUGCUUCACCAAGCGAGCCGAUAAACAGUGAGCAAAAUCAGAUAUGAUUUUGUGCGUUUUCCGUCGCCGUGAAUGUUAUGCCUUACCCUUUAACUCUCAGAAUGGAUCAACAUGUAACUUCUCCUCACGAUUCCAAUCGGUUUUCUUAUAAACAGGUUAUAAGACUAGAGAAGUUUAUCACCUAGAGGGAUUUAGUUUGAUAUAACGCCAACUUCUUCUGUCUGAGUUGCAUGGAAAUGUAGCAAGUCGGUAGGGAGAUUUACUGGUAGGAUCUUGGAGGAUUUAAGCGAAAACCCACUUUGUGGUUUUCAACGCUGGGUACUCGCGGCUUGUCUCCUUCUCACAUUACCUGACUCUUUGUUUGUUGUCUUUGGUCAGCGGUUAGCAGCGAAGACUCGUUGGAGGAGGGCUGGGACACAGAAGACAUCUUGAUACCAGAUGAGGAUAUUCUUACUGCGGAGACGAGCAACGCAAAGUUGCUUAUGGAUGAAGCGAAAGCUGGAAAUGUGGAAGAGUUACAACCUUGCAAGGUCUGUUUAUCUGUAUCAUACACAAGUGAUAUACCCUCUCUAAAAAUGGCGGCUGGAAAACGAAACCAAAGAAAAAAUUUUGGUGACUUAAUUGGAAGCGAAAGUCGCUAAUUGGGUGUCCUGUGUUGGGCGGUGUAGUUUUCCGAGGGGUAACGUUUUAGUGACUUUGUGUCAAAGGUCUUGACCUAAAGUGGGAUAAACAAUUGCACGAAAAAUUAUCCAUCCUUUUUCGGUCAAAGUAGUUUUCUUCUUUCCUCUUGGUUGUCUAAGUUCUAAGCCUUGAGAUGUUCCGUGAAUCCUUGAAAUUGAUUACAAUCCACACUGCUUACCUCAAAGACAAACAGUGUGGCCAUGAGGUUAGCCUCAUUGUACCUUACGUAAAAUACACAAAAUUUCCUUUUCAUUUUAUUUUUCCUGUUUGGCGCAUUAUAUGCUGUUACUGGCGACCGUUUUACAACUGCAGGUCGCCAAAUGGCGACUUUGAAAGAUAGUACAGCUUGGAGCCCUUAACAGAUAAUUGUUGCAUACCAGAAUUCGAAUUGUUUGUUUGAUAGUUUCCUUCAGCCAAGUGUUGUAUCUGCCGAGAAGUAACCGCCGAUCGAGACCUAAAAUCUAAUUCAGAGUAUCUUCCUCUCCUUUCUCUCUCAUAGUGGCGAGAGGAGGGGCACCUAAGCUUACGCAUGCGUAUUCCGGGCAACAUGUGGGUGGAAGUGUGGCAGAGUGCUCGUCCGGUUCCGGUCCGCAGGCAGAAGCGACUUUUUGAUGAGACAAAGGAAGCUGAAAAGGUAAAAGGACAGUAAAAUGAAGUUCAGAAGCCCAGUGGCCCACAACCGUUGGAGAUUCUCUGAGCUUCAACACCGUGAAAUGACCAGGAAUGUUGUAAUAUUACUCCGUACCAGCCCCUCACAGCCUACCUCCCCUCCCCUCUUUGCACCCCCCUACUUCUCUCAGCCAUUUUGUUAGCUAUCCCUAACAGUUCACUGAAACCCAUUUAUACUCCUGGGUAAAGAAAGACUCUGUGACGUCAAAGUGUCUUGCCUUAGAACACAGCACAAUUACGUAGCUAUGUGUCGAACCCAGACCCCUUGAUUCGAAAUCGAGCGCGUUAUUUAAACCACUGCGUCUCCAACGCGUUACUUUCGUAAUCCAUCAUUAAACAUAAGUUUCUUUGUCUUCACGCUAGGUCCUUCAUUUUCUUGCUGGACUCAAACCCGCCGAGGUUGCCUUUCAGUUGUUUCCAGUUUUGCUUCAUGCAGCAAUUCUUCGUAUCGAGGCAGCAGGUCAGGGAAUGGGACCUAAUCCAGUAAUUUGCGAUAUCUCUGGAAAAUCACUACAAGUCGGUUAAAAACUGAUGAAUAAUUAAGUGCUCACAAGGGGCCGAUUGUUAUUUAUGUGGAGGGUGGAAGAUUCUUUUUUUUUUUCGCGGGAGGGAGGGAAGGGGCUCACGUGAUUUUUAAGGGAACGGAAGGGCAAUCAGUCGUCGGUAACAGACAUUGACUGGCAAUGAAGGGAUCAUUAAAAUAUUACAAAACUUUAGGGGUGAUCAGCUAAAUUUUAAUGUAACACGACCAAAAUCGAAUCGUAUUGGAUAGUGAACCCCCCCCCCCAAAAAAAAUAUUUCUAUCUAAAUUAACUUUGUAUACCAGGUGCACGAGAUAUUCCCGCUGUUUCAUCCCUUCUGGAUGAAGUACUCAGCAAGGCGAGCAAGUUAUCUUGGGAAAUGCCACAUGACCUGCCUCGUUGUGAGGUAAGAGUCCUACUUGUAAAGAAGUCACUCGUCCAGUCGUGUUUUGAAAACUAGAAAUUUCCAAAGACUUUUUAGAUCCCAUUGAAGAUGCGGAUUAAGGGUGUAGAAGAGCUUCAUGAAUUGCAAAGGUAGAACUCGAUGUCUCUGAGACUUGUUAACUGUGACCCAGAGAUAUUUCUGUGCUGGUAGAUCUUUUUUGUUUAGUUGUUUGUUUGUUUGUUUGUUUGUUUGUUUUUGUAUUUAAUCUUUUAUUUCCCAGAGUUGCCUAACACGUUGCUUCUUCCUGCAGUAUCAAUUCGGUGUCGGAAAUCCAGCUGAAAAGUGAUGAGAGUAGUUAAAAUAACCAGCUUGAAGUUAUCAUCGUAAUAAUAAACCUAACUUUCCAAACUCGAUUUACAAGGAAAUAUGUGGCAUCCGGAAGGGAGAAUUACUAAUGGCAAACUUGAAUUAAUUCCAGGAAUUUGUCAAACAGCUGCAGUUAUCAGAACUCGCCAUCGCUCGUGCCCACUCCCUGCGAUUUAAAUUUCGUGACGCGCUCUCGGAACAAGGAAGGGAUCAUGGAGACAAGGACGUGGAACAGUUCCUUUCGGCUCUGACAGAAAAACCUGAGGUAGCUGUGAUUGGCGCAGGAAGAGGCCCUGCUGGAAGAGUUAUUCACAGACUGUUCGCUAAACAAGAGGUAUUAGACUAGUUAGACUAAAGUAAAAUGUCUAUAAUUUACGCUCUUAAGGUUUUUUAAAUGUUUGCAGAUGAAAGUAACUGUUCUUUUGUCUUUUGCAGAGCGCGAGAAUGCAGUUUGCUGUGGACGAAGACACCUCUUCAGAUCUCUCGGUGAGUUCAUACAACAAAGCCAAAAUAGUAUUUUUCCUCAAUUUAAUCACACUUUAGGGGGCCAAAAUUUACCAUGAGGAUUAAUUUUUUCAACUACAACCUAAUCAGUCUGAUUUCCAGCUCAAAACGCGGGUUGCAAACUCUUUGCUUGUGCGGCUUCACAUCAACUAGCCCAUGUGUAAUUCCUAACCGUGUGCCCGCAGUGCGCUGUACCCAGGCUAAGUAUACGAGCAUGCGCUCCUCAUCACUUUGUGCCUUAGCUUCUUAAGGCACACAAGUGAGUGUUUUUCCAUCUUACCGAACUAAUAUUUAUUUUUAUUUUCAAUCCGUUUCAAUCCUCUUCAUCCUUAUUCGCCCUUUUUCCUUUAUAAUGUAUUAUCACCUCUCCUGUGUUUUUUUAUGUGACCAAAGUAAUCUUUUAUAGUCGUUCUCAAUCUUUGUUAAUCUUCUCAAUCUUUCAUCAUCGCCACUUCUUUCUCGUUUACCCUGUCCCUUUUCUUAUUUUGCCAUCUUGCCAAGCUAAUAUAUUUUAGCUUCCAUCACGUUUAAGAUAAGUUUUCGUGUCCAGAAAACGACGUCGAAUAUUUUUAUGUAGUUUGAUUACGCCACUCUGUUUCCUCAUUUUCACUUCAUCUCUGUCAACAGCGGCAACCAGCUACACAUGCUCAAGAUUUCCCACCCCCCACUGGUCGAGAGUACAUUUUGAGAACAACAGUGCCCCGUCCCCGCCCCUCGUCGCGUCCUUGUCCUCAAAGAAUGUACUGUGUGCUGACCGAUGAUGAUUUUAGACUUGCGGGCGCAUUUACUGACGACGUCAUUUUUCAAUGACGAAGAAUAAUCACAAUUUGAAAUCAACGAGAAAUUGUGCUUCCUUUAAAUCUACUUUGUGAGAAUGACCACAGAUUUUUGUGAACCACAGACGGUACGCUCUCAUUUGCUUGAGGGCACCGAUCAAGAUAUGAAUUCCUUAACUGAUCUGUAAUAUGUUCUUUGGAUGUUAAAUAGGAGAAUGUAAACAUACAUCAGAACAUCAUACCUACCCUCUAUGACAACUCAACCUUUUUCUGAAUUAAUUUGUCCGAAGUUUUCUCCCGGUUGUGAUGGAAAUUAUUUAUAUGGAUGAAACCUAGUAAGUAGCACUUUCAUGUCGCUCUCAGUUGCUAUGCUGUGCAAGGUGGUUCUAAUUCUUAAUUUUGUGGAUGAGAUCCCAGUGUCACCACCCGUUUGACAGCUUCUAAUUAACUUAAACUUAAAGGUUUGUACUUGGUAAAUUUUCCACAAUGGCCUGAAUAUUUCAAUCUGUUUAAGGUAGGUUUUGAUUCAUUUAGUGAACUUGCCCCCAAAUAAGAUUUAACAAUUUUUACAGCAAGGACCUUCCUGGUGAGAAGAAAUCAUUAGAUAUUUUAUUGAGAGACAAUUUUAAAUACAACAGCAAAAAGAGUUUAAAAGGUUAGUGAGAUUGUUUUGUGUUUCCAUCUCGAUUUCUAACUCUGCUGCUACAGAUAGCACAUUAACAAAAUUUACAGCGGUUACGACUCUUUGAGUUGCAUCAGCUGAUUUCUUUGAUCUUUGCAAAGAUAAUUUAUUCCUGACGGGUGAUUUUCGGGAACUCGUGCGCGUGUUACUACUGCGGCAGAAGCGGGUGGGAACUCCCGCGCGUGUUCCUGUGGCACAAGCGGGCGAAAACUCGUGUGUUUGUUAUUGCGGCACCAGCAGGCGAGAACUCGUCCGCGUGUUACUGCGGCACAAGCGGGCGGGAACUCGUGCGCUUGUUACUGCGGCACAAGCGUGUGAUGGUACGAUUGCUAUGAACUGGCUGGUGAAUGGCGAGCAUAGGAAAACAUACAGCUCUUUAUUAGCGCCAGGAGACUUUAGAGUAGUGGAGAAUGCAUUCCAGCAUUCUUAGAAUUUCUCACUCACAGCAUGAUGUUCCAAUUGGAGAGUUUUCUCAAUGGAGGCGCCCUUAGCUUAGCCGGCCUUACUUAGACAAAAUGCGCUGUCUUUUAUACAAUUUGCUGCUCUUUUUAUCGGUUCAUUAGCUUAACAACCU